AGUAAACAACUUUCAUUUUAAUUUUUCCGUUUUUUGUUUUUAAUUAUUGACAAUUUUUUUACAAAUUCUUUUAAAAAAUGACCAAAAAUUCAGUAAUUUGCAAUUAUUGCAACGAAAAACUUCGUUCGAGAGAAGGACUUGCUAAGCAUUUGGAGCGCUUUCACUUAAAUCGCAACGAUCCAAAUGCCAAGGAGUGCAGCGUUUGCCGAAAAUGCAUCCCAAAAACACUCAUGAAGCGGCAUUUCGAGAAGGAACAUCAAGAACGAAAAUGCAAUUUUUGCGAAAAAGUUUAUUACAGGGAACAUGCUUUUAACCAACAUUUGGCGACGCAUCGUGAAGAAUAUUUUUGUGAUCAUUGUGGGAGAAAAUACGUACGAAAACACGAUUUGGCGAAACAUAUUCUCGUUGUGCAUUUUGGAAAUCGAAAAUUAGUAAAAUGUCACAUUUGUAACAAGAUGCUAACAAAAGGUUGCUUAGAUCGUCAUAUCAAAACAACUCACAAGAAAAUCUUCGAUUUCGAGUGCGAAAUGUGCAAAAAACGUUUUGUCGACGUCACACAACUCCGCAAUCAUUUGGCGCUCGAUCAUCUGGGAGAAGAACUUUACAAAUGCGAAAUUUGUGAGAAAAAUUUCAAUUCACAAUCCCAUUUAACGAUUCACAUGAAUGGCUUUCAUCAAGCGGUUCCCCGUACAAAAUGCGAAAUUUGCGAAAAAACCUUCACACUUCCGCGACAUCAUCAGCGACACAUGAAAUUGCACGAAACGAAGCAUUUUUGGUGCCCAAAAUGCCCGAAAAUGUUCGAAACGCAGAAAAAACUCGACAAUCAUACAAAAGUUUUUCAUAAUCCGGCGAAAGUUCGAUUGAAUUGUGACAAAUGCGAUAAAACGUAUGCGCGAAGUGAAAUGCUCCAAAUUCACAUAAACAACGUACAUCUUGGACUGAAGCCCGAAUGUCAUCAUUGCGGAAAGAAAUACACGCAAAAGGGACAAAUGAAGAGACAUUUACUGAAAGAGCAUUUUGGAAACGCUAAAUAAAUACAUUACAGGCAAACAGACGAUUUUUUUCCUUCGAGGAGAAAAGUAUGAAAGAAAAAUAUGAAUAAAAAUUUAAUAAAGAAGAUUUUCCGUAUGCUUUUUCUACUA